UGAUUGCGCUGCAUUGAAAUUUACAGUCCACAUUUUUCCCAGUGUACCCACACUAACACAUUGUAAACCCCAAACCCAUCACACCUCAAAACUAUGACACUUUGACACUGAAAUACACAAGUAAAACCGUUCUUGCACCGAGCAGACGUGUUCCCUUUAUUCGCUCGAAACCACGAAAGAAUUCGCGAAGUCCGACCAGUGAAAAAUUCCCCCGAACAUUUUGGUCCUAUCGGAACCGGAUAAGGACAUUUCGCGAUUCGGAAGUGACUCGGUUACGCGGAUCGGUCGCGAGUGCAAGAAAAGUUCUCGAAUUUGCAUCACGUGCAAAGCGUGCCGCCAUUUUGUACCGUCGCGUCGGUGGUGUGCACAAAGGAGACGUGUGGAAGAAGUGCGAGGCUUCUAGAAGCACGAAAAAUUGGCGCCGCGCCAUUGGUAGGAAAAAGUGAAGUAUUGAAGUGUCGCACCAAGUGCGGUUUGAUCGCCACGCGGUCGAGUGUCCCGGACUGGCGCUUCGCCACCGGAAGUGAAAAGAGAAAAAGCUCCGUGCUUGCGAGUUCGUCGAGCGAAAGAAGAGAGGAAAAGCUCCGUGCUUGCGAGUUCGUCGAGCGAAAGAAGAAAAAAAAGUGUGAGGUUAUACGUAACCUAAAGUGAGAGUGCAAAUGAAGAAAAAGCUAAAUGAGUGAACAACAAAAGAAAGUAAAAGAAGAAAUCAGUGCUACUCCAAGAGUAACGAGAAGUGUAACAAGGAAAAAUCUGCUAGCGGCGUUAACGGGAUCGGGCGCCGAUCGUGAGGACGCUGUCACGACAGUUGAAAAAGCUGUACAGUUUCCAGAGCCGUUGCUACCUGCCGGAAGCGCCGUGCUGAGUAUUGCCGAACAAAAGGAGUUGGAUCGGCUGAAAAAGGAACGGGAAAAAAUGGAGCGCAACUUGGAGAACCUGAGCGAUCGUGUGGACACGAUUAAGCAGAAGUUGUUCCGCAUGAAGGAGGCGCUCGGGACGAUGGACAAUGUGCACUACCUCAACCUACAGUUGCAAACACUGCAGCGCUGCAACGAGGAAUUCGACACGCUGCACAGCGAAAUCGUCGCUCUCGUCAAGAAGGAAGACAAAGUUAAGUGGAACCAGGAGUACCUGAACUUCGAAGCCCUACACGGUGAGUUGUACGUGAACGUGCAGACAAAGAUCGCCAAUCUCCAGAAAGCUGAUUCGAACCGGGCUUUGACAUUGAACGCCAGCGCGUCAGAGUUCCUCCCGAGAACGCAAGUAGUACAAAACGUCCCCCACCUGAACGUGCCGUUGCCUUCCUUCGACGGAGCCCCAGAGAAUUGGUACGCAUUCAAAUGCAUGUUCCAAACAGUGAUGGGUCGGUACCCCAACGAAUCGCCAGCGAUUAAACUGUACCACCUGAAAAACUCUCUGGUAGGGCGCGCUGCGGGCAAGAUUGAUCAAGACGUGAUCAAUAAUAACGACUACGAGUCGGCAUGGCAACUGUUGGAAGACACAUACGAAGACGAGCGCCUAAUCAUCGAUACCCACAUCGAUGCGUUGCUGGAUCUUCCAAAGCUGACACGAGAGAACGGUGACGAGAUGCGAAAACUGGUGGAGACUUGCACGAAGCAUGUGGACGCCCUCAAGAAUCGUGAACUGCCGGUGGAGGGCCUGUCGGAGAUGAUUCUCGUCAACCUGAUCAGCAAGCGAUUGGAUCGAGAGAGCCGAAAGCUGUGGGAGACGUCGCUAGUUCGUGGGGAUCUUCCGUCUUUCGAUGACCUAAUCGACUUCCUCAAGGAUCGGAGCCGAGUUCUCCAAAGGUUGCCGAGCAACGCCAGCACGAGCCAGUCACAAGCGGCACCGAGAGCCCCUGGUCAGCAGCAGGUAGUGGCGAAGCCCAGGCAGACGAAGCUGUUCGUGCAAACCAACAAGGAGUCUUGUCCGUGCUGUUCGAGCUCGCACCCCGUCUUCAAGUGUCCCGAGUUCAGGAAGCUGCCUGUUGGUGAGCGGUUUGAGAAGGUGAAGAAGGCAGGUAUGUGCUACAACUGUCUUAAACCUCAACAUCGUGCCGACGCCUGCGCAUCAACUCAGCACUGUAAGACCUGUGGCAAGCCGCACCACAGCCUCCUCCACAGCGAGCGCCCCGAAAAUCCCAAGAAGCAUACCGAACCAGACCAGCCGAAGAACCCAGUGGACGCAGAGAAGCAAGAAGAAACACCAGCUGCUCCCGAGCAGCGCACAGUGAGUUGCUGCACGCAAACGCAAGCGGCCCAGAAGCAGAUCUUCCUGUCUACUGCGAAAAUCGUGGUGUUUGGUUCCGGCAAUGCGACUACGACCUGUAGAGCGUUGCUUGACUGCUGUUCCGAGUCCAACAUCAUCACGGAGAGGUUGGCCAGAAAGCUGAACAUGCAGAUGCUGGAGAUGAAACCCCCGAUCACGAUCUGCGGACUGAACGGGAUGAAAACGACGGCGAACAAGAUCGUCCAGACGAAGGUGUCGUCGCGAGUCGGCGAUUUCACUGCCGUGCUCGACUUCAUCGUAACGCCCUCGAUCACCGAGUUACCAACAGGUAAGGUAGAAACCCAUACUUGGCCCCUCCCUGCUGGCAUUGAGCUAGCUGACCCCACAUUCAAUGUUCCUGACGACGUCGACGUGAUAAUCGGCGCUGAGCUGUUCUACGACGUCCUGAAGAAGGGACGUGUGAAGAUCGGCGGUGACUUCCCGACACUAGCCGAAACAGCAUUCGGGUGGGUCGUCAGCGGUCCUGCGCGGACCAAGCUACCAGCUGGGCAGAGAAGAGUCUGCCAACUAGCCACCACGUUCGAGGACGUCAACCGUACUCUCUCCAAGUUUUGGGAGUUGGAGUCAGGGUACUUCUCCAGCAAGAUGACCGUGACGGAACGUGCGGUGGAGAAGCAUUUCGAGGAGACGCACUGCCGCAACGCCGAAGGACGGUACGUUGUCCGACUACCGUUCAACGAACUCAAGAGUCAACUGGGCGACUCGUACGAGAACGCCAAGCGUCGAUUUGGGAGGCUGAUGGUUGGCCUUACCAAGAACCCAUCCAAGCGAGAAGCCUACACGCAGUUCAUGAAGGAGUACGUGGCGUUGGGCCACAUGAAGGAAGUGAACCACAGCCCGGAGGAGGGCUACUUCCUACCGCACCACGCGGUCUACAAGGAGGCCAGCUCAACGACAAAGGUUCGAGUGGUCUUCGACGCCUCGGCGGCGACGACAACGGGCGUGUCCUCAACGACACCCAGCUGGUGGGCCCGACGGUGCAGAGCGACCUGGUAA